AUGCUGAGAGACUGCCCACAUCAUGGAUUGGAGAAGUGGCUCAUGAUUCACACCUUCUAUAAUGGUAUUAAUUAUCAGACAAAGGUUUCCUUUGAUUCUGCCAUAGGCGGUGCACUAAUGAACAAGGGACUUGAUGAAGCUGAAGAUAUCAUUGAGAGUGUGGCUCAGAAUCACCACCAAUGGGCCUCAAAAAGGAGCUCAGGAGCAAUUAAGAUACCAAGAAAAUAUAGUGUGGAUGCCUUAGACUUAAUUACUGCAAAGCUUAAUUCACUGUCUAGGCAAUUCGAGAAUUUGAAUUCACACCUUGAAAAGAAGGAAGAGGAGAUUACCAUUGAGGUUGAAAAGAUCUCACUUGCAACUGAAAUUCAAAUAGUUCCAUUUCCUCAAAGAUUGCUCAGAGCGCAAAAGGAUGUAGAGUUUGAGAAAUUUUUGGAAAAGAUCAAAGAAAUUUGUAUUGAUAUACCAUUGUUGGAUGCUCUGCACCAGAUGGCCAAAUUUUCCAAGUUUAUGAAGGAUAUAAUUUCAAACAAAAGGAAGAAGGGUGGGUUUGAGAUAGUUACUUUAACUGAGGAAGUUAGUGGAUUGCUUCUAAAUGUCUUACCUCCUAAACUCCAAGAUCCAGGUAGUUUUUCAAUACCAUACAAAAUCAAAGGUACAAUUAUUGAUAAAGCCUUUUGUGAUCUUGGAGCUAGUGUUAGUCUCAUGCCAUAUUCCAUGUGUAAGAAAUUGGGGUUAAGUGAUCUAAAGCUGACAAGUAUCACACUUCAACUAGAUGAUUCCACAUGCAGAUAUCCUUUGGGAAUAGUUGAAGAUGCGAAAGUGAAGAUAGGGAAUUUUGUUAUCCCCAUAGAUUUUGUGGUCUUGGACAUGGAUGAGGACCCGAAGAUCACUAUAAUUCUCGGAAGACCCUUCCUCGCCACAGCAGGAGCCAACAUAGAUGUGAAAAAUCACCAGCUGUCAUUAAAAGUUUGCAAGGAAGAGCUGAUUUUCAACUUAUCCCCAACCUCACCAUAUCCUUCUUUUGAAACAACCUCAUACUCUUUUCCAAGUACUUUCAUGCUUAUUGAAGAUGAUCAUAAGUUUAGAGAAGAUAAAUAA